GCGGGGCCACGGAGAGUGGAACCGCUGCGCUUGGAACCCCUCCACCCGGACUGACACAGAGCGACGUGCUCUUGGGCAGAUGGGAGGGACUGGCCCUAGUCCUGAGACACCCCACCACCACCACCACCACCAAGCCCAGUCACAGGCGAUUCAAAUGUGGGACUUCGUUUGCUCUGAGAGUAGCACAUUGGCUUUCUCUGAGCCAAGCCUUCACAUAGCAAGGCAGACUCUGAGAAGACAGCCUAACUCCACAGGAUCUUUGGAAGCAAUGAUUCUCAAAAGCGCUGUGUGCCUUCUCAUACCUCAUCACCAUCAGGGAAGCCAUUGUCUGGCACUCACAGGAAGACUCGGCCAGAGCUCUGAGAAGUUUGCCAGGGGUAAAGGUGACCCAAUAAGGGAAGGAAACGGUCUCUCUCGAAAAGCAGUCAAUUACCUCCAACAGUUGCCAGCAAACUGGAAAUUUCGCAACCAGUAUGACAAUGAUGUCACUGUUUGGAGCCCUCAGGGCCGGAUUCAUCAAAUUGAAUAUGCAAUGGAAGCUGUUAAACAAGGUUCAGCCACAGUUGGUCUAAAGUCAAAAACACAUGCAGUGUUGGUUGCAUUGAAGAGGGCACAGUCAGAACUUGCAGCUCACCAGAAGAAAAUUCUCCAUGUUGACAACCAUAUUGGUAUCUCAAUUGCGGGUCUGACUGCUGAUGCUAGACUGUUAUGUAAUUUUAUGCGCCAGGAGUGUUUGGAUUCCAGAUUUGUAUUUGACAGACCACUUCCUGUGUCUCGCCUUGUGUCUCUGAUUGGAAGCAAGACCCAGAUCCCAACACAGCGGUAUGGCCGGAGACCAUAUGGUGUUGGGCUGCUUAUUGCUGGUUAUGAUGACAUGGGCCCUCACAUUUUCCAAACCUGUCCAUCUGCUAACUAUUUUGACUGCAGAGCUAUGUCUAUUGGAGCCCGUUCUCAAUCAGCCCGGACUUACCUGGAGAGACAUAUGUCUGAAUUUAUGGAGUGCAAUAUGGAUGAGCUGGUUAAGCAUGGUCUACGUGCCUUAAGAGAAACACUCCCUGCAGAACAGGACCUGACCACAAAGAAUGUUUCCAUUGGAAUUGUUGGUAAAGACUUGGAGUUUACAAUCUAUGAUGAUGAUGAUGUGUCGCCAUUCCUGGAUGGUCUUGAAGAAAGACCACAGAGAAAAGCACAGCCUUCACAGGCUGCUGAUGAACCUGCAGAAAAAGCUGAUGAACCAAUGGAACAUUAAGUGAUAAAGGAUACAAGGAUAUGAGGAUGCAGAGACAUACACUGGUGACAAUAAUCUGUACUUAGAACCAACAGCUGCAGAGUAUGGGGUGGUAUGUUUUAGGAAUCAGUCCAGAUGUGAGUUUUCUCCAAGCAACUUCACAGAAACCAUAUAAUGGGUGCAUUUUCUUUGAAAGGGUCUACAUAAUCAUUUUCUAGAAAGUAUAGGUAUCUAUACCAAUGUUUUUAUAUGAAGAAAAUAGUGUCUUUGCAGUUUUAAAGACAACUGUGAAAUAAAAUUGUUUCACCUCC